AUGACCGACUGUCUUGAGGGAACAGGUCAUCAGGAUCAAGAGUCCAGUAUCUAUCCCCAUGGCACAAUCACCACACCCGUAGAGCCGGAGAAUGCUUUGGUUAGCGACGAUGAAUAUUCACAAAGACUUCAAGAACUAGCGGAUUUGCCCAAAGUCCGCACCAACAUCCAGGGCCUGUCCGGUGUUAUGUUCGCAUUGACACUUCCGAUGCCCAUGGAAUUCAGUAUUUUGCACAGCGUCAUAAGCAUGUCCGCGGCGAUGCCGUCUGAGCUUUUCGAUUUGCAUUGUGAAGGCCGUGUUCUGAGGCCAGGUAUUCAUAGAUUGCGGGACGAAACCACACUGCGGAUUGUCUUGAGGAAUCCAAACAUGUUCACGCCAUUCAGCAAAAUUGCCACCCUAGAUAUCAAGACUCGCACGCACGGCGACUUCCUUCUGGACCUAGAGCGCCCUUAUGACAGUUUAGUUGCGCAUGUCAAGGCACAAAUACAGGGGCUGAUAAAUAGACCAGCUGAGCAAUUCCAAUUGUACUUUGGAAACAAGCCCAUCGAAAGCGGAUACUAUCUUUGGUGUUAUGGUGUCUGGGACAAAGCGCCUGUGGUCCUCGAGAUUCUCAACCGCCAGCUCCCACGGCCUCCUCGAUACCAAGCGUUAGUCGACUUUGUCAAGACUCUUCUUUCUCCUCCAGAGGCCCCUCGUGGCGCUUUGCCAGCACGAUCAGUGAAAGACGGAAAUGCGGAUGAGAAGCACGGAUCAAGAUCAGCAGAAGAGGCCUCAUAUAAUGGUUUACAUGCUGAGCAGCCUGAGGCAUUACAGAAGCGAACAAACUCACAGCAACAAGCUCGUUCAACUGAAAGGCAACCUAACGAAAAGCACCCAGGCAACGAUCCUGACGAGACGACUCCGAAGGUGUCAGCAGAAGCAAGUAGCCAGCCAUGUCCUACGGGCAAGUUGGAAUCUCAAGCACAUUCACUUCACAUGGCCACGCCCACCUACAGUAAUGUCUCUGUAGAGACAGCCGUGGAACCGAUUUCUUCUUGGGGUGUUGAACCUGUUCCAAAGACGCAACGGCGAGCCAUGCAAGCAACCCAAGAUGCGUCAACAUCAACAGUACCAACAGGGUUGCCAUUGUCUUCCCCCUCAGCUCUGGCGGCAGAUGAUCCUCACGAUGACAAUCUCUAUUCGGAUGCGGCUGACCCAAGCACCGCACAGAUGAUGCCUAUUGAGCACACUCAUUAUGCGGGUGGUGGGCUUGGAGCACGCGUGGCUGAGACUAUUGACGGACAACAAAGGGUGCCACAAUUAGAUUCAUCUCAUCCAGCUGUUCCUGAUGUUUUACAAGAUUACGAACAAAUCCAGGAGACAAUACCCAGACUGACAAUUGAAGAAGAAGCUGCAGGAAACAAAAUAACUAGUGCUACCAUCAAUUUCUGGGUCAGAGAGAUUUCUUGCGCUGAUACCGCGAAUCUGGCUGUGAUUGCUGGCAUCGUUGACCUAAAUCCCUAUGCAGGGGCAACAAGGAGAAGCCACAAGAUUACCUGCAAGCCCGCAAAGGGUAUGAUUGGUGCCGAGAUUAUGCUCGCGGCGGUAAAGACUGGGCUUGAGACGGUCAAGUCAAUCCAAUUCGAAUUAGAAGAUGUGAUAUCAUUGAAAGACUUUCAGUCCACAUUCUGCAGUGAGGGAAGGCGAACCACUGCCGGCCGGCAUGGUACAAACGAUAUCAUCCGUUUCGAUGUGCAGGGUCUGGAUGGAGAUGCAAACCGUCUAUGUGCGGUGCUUGCUGAGACAGAUACCUUGUCAUCGUCUGCUCGAUGGGUCACACUCUAUAUUACCAAGCUCCCGCCGCCUCGAAUCCCUACUCCUCCACCUCCACCAGUAGUUAAAAGGAAACCACGAGUACGACCAACGCAAGAACCGGUUGCGUCUAUAACAGCGACAAAUCCUCCGGAGUGUGUUACGGCAGAGCAGGAAUACGUGGGCAGCCCAUCAAAACCACCAGCCAAACUUGAUACGGCUACCACUAUCGAUCCAGCGACAGUGAAACAGAAGAGGCGGUCCAAGAUUUCGGGGUUUGCUAAGUCGUUGUUGAAAUCGAAGAAGCGGGAGUAA